GUUCUUUCUUGAAGUGAACACAUAGGCAAUUGAUAAGUUGUAAAGGCACUGAAAAAGAAAACAGUUAGCUCAGGGGCGAAAUUGCUUUAUAAUAACGAUUCCAACAGUUGAUUUGCGUCGCUACAUGCUUCAUUGCAGCGAAAGCGGUUAAGUUGUUCGGCGUGUUCGCUACGCCAGGUGUUAGUGGGAGGAAAAUGCCAUCUUUUUCAUGGAGGCUUUGGCUUGGCCUGGUUCUGAUCCUCCCAUCUUCGCUGGCGGCGGACGAAGAGUCGUCGCUGCUGCAGGACUGGCAUGACGUGUGGCUGUUCCGCUUCUUCCUCAACGUGCUGGGCUACACCACCAUCAUCAUCCCCGGCUACUUGCUCAUCACCUACUUGAAGAGGAUCAACUACCUCCAAACAGGCCGAGGCAUUUGCUAUCCUGUCAUAAAGGCCUGUGUGUUUGGAAGUGAAUCGAAGACAGGUCUCCUAGACGACGUGUCGCUAGCUCCCAGAAAUGACGCGGACUCAGGCUCGUCGGCCAGACAAGCCUUCAAGUUAGUCUUCUGCGCUGCAGGACUUCAGGUGUCCUACCUGACAUGGGGUGUCCUACAGGAGAGGGUGAUGACUCGCUCGUACGGGGCUUCCACCCCCGAGGAGGAGGGCGAACACUUCAAGGACUCCCAGUUCCUGGUGUUCAUGAACCGUAUCCUGGCACUGACUGUGUCAGGCCUGUGGUGUGUCCUGUUCAAGCAGCCCCGCCACGGCGCACCCAUGUACAAGUACUCAUUUGCCUCGCUCUCCAACGUCCUCAGCAGCUGGUGCCAGUACGAGGCCCUCAAGUACAUCAGCUUUCCCACCCAGGUGCUGGCCAAGGCCUCUAAAGUGAUCCCUGUCAUGCUCAUGGGCAAGAUUGUGUCACACAAGAGCUACGAGUACUGGGAGUACCUGACGGCGGCACUCAUCUCUCUGGGUGUCAGCAUGUUCUUGUUGACGAGCACAGCCGAUAAGCACCCAUCUACGGUCACAACGUUCAGCGGCGUGGUCAUCUUGGGUGGCUACAUCGUCUUCGACAGCUUCACGUCCAACUGGCAGGACAACCUGUUCAAGCACAAGAUGUCAUCUGUGCAGAUGAUGUUCGGCGUCAACCUCUUCUCCUGCCUCUUCACCGUGGGCUCGCUGCUGGAGCAGGGCGCCUUCUUCGACUCGCUGGCCUUCAUGACGCGCCACUCGGAGUUCGCAUUCCAUGCUGUGCUGCUGUCGGUGUGCUCGGCGUGCGGCCAGCUCUUCAUCUUCUACACCAUCGCGCAGUUCGGCGCCGCCGUCUUCACCAUCAUCAUGACCCUGCGGCAGGCCAUCGCCAUCCUGCUCUCCUGCUUCCUGUACGGCCACGCCGUCACCAUGGUGGGGGGCUUUGGCAUGGCCGUGGUCUUCCUUGCCCUCUUCCUGCGUGUCUACGCCCGCAGCCGCAUGAAGGCGGGACGCAAGGUACCCCAGCCACAGGUGCAGAAGGUCUAGGAGGAGGAGUUGGAGGGAACUGGAAAAUGAACUAAAGCCACGUUUUCGGUGGCGCUUUUUCUCGUCUGUGUGUCCAGUUUGACUUUUUUUAAGUGUUCAUUUUAUGGGUUUCUACUUUGUAUAGAAAGGGUACAGAAAGGGAUUCUAAUGCCUUUUAAAGGUGUUUGACUUGACACGAACUGAGCUGUUGUCAGAGGUCAUUCGGCUAAAGCAAUCAGCAGUCACAGGCGUUUUAAGUUAUACGGCAACCGUCGCUUGUCCAUUUGUGUAUCUGAAACCCAGCUCAAAAGCAUACCACAUUGGCAUGUGAAAUGUAAAUAACUGAUAAUGGCUGACGCCUUUUGAUUUCUGUCUCCGUGAUAUGCUUCUGGAGCAGCACUCAGAACAUAAAUUGGACAUUUGAGGUGUAGGGUUGGCGUUAGCGCUAGUACAUGAGCUGUGUACUGCAAGACUCCAGCUCUUGGUAAUGUAACAUUGCGAAUGGCACCAUAUUAAGUGGUUUAUAAGGCCUCUAUGAAAAGUUACUUUGACAGUGAGAGAACAUGAGAUAUUGUGGUUAGCAGAGCAGGGGAUCAUCUCUGUUUAGAUACUCUAUCAAUUUUGUUUAAAAACGAUGUCAUUAUUGCAUUGUUCUACUUUUUGUACAUGGCAUGAGAGAAAUGUUCUAUGAUCAUUACUAGUCAAUGAUCAGGUAAUUCUGCUUGAAUAUUUUAUUUCUUCUGUAUAAAGAAGAUUCACUUUGGGCAGUGUUCUGACUUAAGAUCUGCCCACUUAACUUACGUUUUCGCAGAAGUCUACCAUUGACAUGAAUGAAGGAUUUACGCGGACGUUCGAGCUGUGCAAACCCAGAUCUCAAGUCAAAAUACAGAUUAUAGAAAGUUUAUGUUUUUUGUCCCUCGUGGCUUCCCAGAGAAUGUCUGAUAAGGAAUGUUACUGAUAGUGUCCCCACAGAGAGAACUAAACCAUUUUCCUCACAGCAUCACAAAAAUAACUUUGCAGCAGUUAAUGUUCUAUUUUAAUAUGGAACUGGGACUGUGUGUGUCACACACACAGUGCCUACAGAAAGUAUUCAGACCACUUGACUUUUUCCACAUUUUGUUACAUUACUGCCUAUUCUAAAA